CCGCUACCACAUUUCGUCUGAUAGCCCAGCAAUCGCGUCACAGGCCGAUCUGUGUUCAGCGUAGAUAAUUCACACCAAGCCGCUGAAAUUGCCCCGCGCUAAUGACGGCAGCACAAGAUUAUCAAAGUGAGGUCAGGGUCUCUGAAUUUGUCGAACCCGGAGUGGAAGAUCGGCCACCGUGAUAAUCAAGACUGCGGAGAAACUUUGGUCAUUUCCAUCAGCCGCGACAUCUGAAGAUCGAAGCGUGAUAACAAGUCGGCCCGGACGACUCUUCCUGUCAUUACAAUUGCCGCAACAAUAAAGACGCGCAUGCAUGUUUAGCAUCAGAAGCGUCGCUGGUAGACCACUCGGGAGCAAUCUCGCGCAGUCGUCACUGUUAUCAAGUCUCCAGCGUUCAACUUCAAGGAACGUUCCUCAUCAGCCGAAUCGAAGUACAACCUCAACGCAUCGCCGCUGGCGAACAGCGACCACAAUGGCGCGCGCAAAACUUCAUGGAAGGGCAUUCUAUGAAAGCAUCGGCUCGCCCACAUAUAUACUUGCGCCCAUGGUCGAUCAGUCAGAAUUUGCCUGGCGAUUAUUGUCGCGAUCAUUUUUCCCCGAAGAUCAACGGGCAAGUCUUCUCGCCUACUCUCCUAUGCUCCACGCCAAACUCUUCACCGAGUCAUCGAAAUAUCGUGCAUCACAUUUCGAGCCUCUCAAGCCGCCUCAUAUUCUACCAUUUCCCGCGGAUGCCAACCAUCAGCAGCUUCAUAAAGAGGAGGACUUGUACCUGGAUGGAAACCCAAAAAUCGACCGUCCGCUUUUCGUUCAAUUCUGCGCAAACGACCCUGAGGCUUUUCUAGAAGCAGCGAAAGUGGUGCAACCAUAUUGUGAUGCGGUAGAUCUAAAUCUCGGAUGUCCACAGGGCAUUGCGCGGCGAGGAAAUUAUGGCGCUUUCCUACAAGAGGAUUGGAAGACGAUCCACAAUCUCAUAAAUGCUCUCCAUGCGGGUCUUGAUAUUCCUGUAACGGCGAAAUUUCGAAUACAGGAGACCAAGGAGAAGACGCUGGAAUAUGCAAAGAUGAUUCUGGCGGCGGGUGCGAGUAUCAUAACAGUGCAUGGUCGGCAGCGGCAUCAGAAAGGUCAUAACACGGGUUUGGCGGAUUGGUCGGUUCUGCGCUACCUUCGAGAGAAACUUCCACCAGAGACGGUGAUUUUCGCGAAUGGAAAUGUAUUGCAACACGAAGAUCUGCAGAAGUGUUUGGAUGCGACCUUGGCGGACGGCGUCAUGAGUGCCGAGGCAAACCUCUACGAUCCAUCGAUAUUCGCAACUCCGCCACCGGCCGGCGAAGAGGGACGAGAAUACUGGCGCGGACGGGAUGGGAAGGGCGGAUACCGGUGUGAUGCGGUCUUGAGGCGAUAUUUGGAUAUCGUGCAUCGGCAUGUUCUUAACCAGGAGCCUCCGGUGCGGCAACCACUCUUCCUACCGUCUGACGUGGCGCGGAAAGAUGAAGGCCCGCAGGCACACCCAGAGAUCUCUCCCAAUGGACAACCUCACGAGCAGGCCGAUGCUCAGGACGACCUCGACGGCCGACCCGCCAAACGACAAAAGCGGGAGAAGGACGAACCCGCAAAUCAAGAAAACACGCCCAGUGAUAAACCUGACACAAAAACAUCGAAAAAGAACGGCAAAGCCGAAAGAUGUACCAACACCAACCUCACAGCCAUGCAAGCCCAUUGCUUUCACAUCCUCCGCGCACUCGUAGGCGAGGAUACCUCGGUCCGCGACGCGCUCGCUCGCUCUCGAGCCGGCGACCUCGAUGCUUAUGAAAAUGUCCUCGAUCUCACAGAGGCAGCAGUCAAGAAGGGCUUAUUGGAGUAUGAACAAAAUCCUUCUAAAUUCGAGGCUCCCGAGGAUGACUCCACACCGACGGCGGCAUUACCAGAUCCAACCGAAGAAAGUGCAGACUCUUUCGAUCCACUUGGCGGAAGUAGCUUCUCUGCCGUUCGACGCUGCAAACGACCCUUUUGGAUCUGUCAGAGCCGCGUCCGACCUCUGCCCCAGGAGGCACUCGAGAAAGGCAGUCUACAAUUGAGUAAGAAAGAGAAGAAGAAACUCGCUGCCGCGGCGGCCAUUUCAGAGAAGGAGGCAAGUCAGGAGAGAGAGCAAAAGGAGAACGUUGGGCUGCAUGCUGGCGGGACGGUCGGAGUGGAGGAUGCUGGGGACAAGAACGAAGAUGGCGGUGAUGGAGCAAAGAAGGUAGAAGUUGCGAAGGAAGAGCUGAUCUGUGGGUAGCAUGGUUCGGGGAUCGAAUCUACCCGGGACGGUCAGUGAAUAUAGAUCCUGUUCCAAUGUAUAAACAUGUGCACUAUUUACUAUAGAUGAACAAUGCGGAGCCAUUCCUACCGCCAUUCCUAAAGGCUGUUGUAUUUUAGUAGACUUUAUCGGAGUCGAGACCCGAUUCAGGGCCGU